AUGACCAUGGUCGCUACGCCGGAAAAGCCUUUCAAGCGUUCAGCCAAAGGCUCCAUCAUGCGCAAAGCAACCUACGAGCUGUAUGAGUCGGAGAUCGCACAACUGUACAAGCGGCAGGACGAGUUCUCGAUUCCCGAAUCCGAUUUUAUCGACGGUUUAACCGACCUCACGAGUAUCAAGUCUGUACUCAGAACGACACUGCGUACAUGCCUAGCAUCGUCUAGCCGGGAAUAUACCGACAAUGAUGACAUCUUCGUUGGUGGAUUUGAUUCCUUGCGCGUGCUGCAGAUGAGCAAAAUCCUCUCAAGAGCCUUCCGUCAGAGAAUCACCGAUAACGACCAUAACGCUAUUAAAGUAUCGCCAACCUUGAUGUCGAGAGAAGAGAAGAUGUCAGCAAUGAUAUACAAGUAUACAAAAUUGCUCCCCGCCGCCCCGGUAACUGGCAUGCCACCUCCAUCUGAGAAAUACAAAGCAAUCCUGACUGGUUCCACGGGCUCCCUCGGUACAUACCUUCUCCACUGUAUGCUGCAAAGCCCAUUAUUUGAACGAAUUUAUUGUUUUAACCGCUCGGCAGAUGCCGAAUACAGACAAAGGAAGAGCCUGUAUGACCGAGGACUUGAUGUGGACGACCUAGCCGAAAAGGUUGAUUUCCUCACUACAGAUCUAACUCAGGCGCAAUUCGGUCUAUCGUCUAGCAAAUACGAGGAACUCCAAGAAAAUGUCAAUGUUUUCCUGCACAAUUCUUGGCCUGUCAACUUCAACAACAGUCUGGAAUCUUUCGAGUCGACCGCUAUCAUCGGGGUACGGCAUUGCAUUGACUUUGCAUUGUCCGCGACGCAUCGUCCUCAUAUCAUGUUUUCUUCUUCUAUCGCCAGUGUCGGGAACCAACAUAUCAUUCGAGACGAUGCCCUUAUUCCUGAAAUAUUCGAGGACGAUCCCUGUCUUCCACUAAGACAGGGAUAUGGGGAAUCCAAGCACGUCGCCAGUUCUAUCUUAUUCCGGGCAGCGAGGAAAUCCGGAUUGAGAGCAACUGUUCUCCGCCUGGGGCAAUUAGGAGGUUCAGUGGACGGGACUGGAGCUUGGAAUAAAGCUGAAUGGCUCCCAACCUUAAUUGAGACAUCCAAGUCUCUACAAAAGAUUCCAGCUACUCUUGGAGGCCACGACGCAGUCGACUGGGUCCCCGUGGAUGUUGCAGCUCAAUCUGUGAUAGAACUCACGUUGUCCCGACUUGAGGACGACUUGUCCAAGAAUCAAUUAUUCGACUGCUUUAAUAUUGUCAAUCCGCAAAUUGCCCAGUGGAAUGACCUGGUGCACACCGUCUCUGAUUUUUAUCACAAGCAGGGAUGUGCCAUGGAGGUAGUCGAAUACAACGACUGGCUUAAUGCAUUGAAGCAGAUCGACCCUGUCUCCAAGAAUAUCGAUAAAUACCCAGGAAUUAAGCUGGCCGAAUUCUACGAGGAUAUAGGUCAGUUGGAGAACCGGAAGGUACACUUUGCUACAGAUCGGUCGGUGCUCAAGAGUUGUAGUUUGGCCAAUCUGCAACCUCUCGAUGGUCAGCUUGUUGAAAAAUGGCUGGAGCGCUAG